AUGGCGGCUAGCGCUUCAAUGAUCAAGUCUGUCUGCGAAGCGGGCUCUACCAAGCUAUGCAUACAGGAAGCGAAGAAGCCGUGUCCCGCUGAGGUCUACACGGCACUCACCAACACCUUAUAUGCAUGCUCAAGGACAGAGCAGCUAAGUGGAGGAUUACUGAAUUAUGUCUAUCGAGGAUUACUGGCGCAUCCCUUGGAGAACGGACGCGAGACGGUUAUCGUGAAACAUGGCGAGGAGGCUGCGGCCGUGAACCCAGCUAUCAAAUUGGAAACAGGCCGAUUUGACACAGAACAAGUCCUCUUGGGGGCUCUCAACGGUGGCCACCUUUCCGGGGAUAAAACCCACAUUGCAACCAAAACACCCCUUUUGUACCAUUACGACCCUCAGUACAGGGUUUUGGUGUUCGAAGACUUUGGCGACAAUCAAAGGCUUCUUGAUUUACUCGUGUCGCGCCAAUUGCCGCUUGCAGAAUACGCGACCGGCUUCGCAGUCGGUGGCUGGCUGCGCUCGUUCCAUCGCUGGGCGACCGUGGAAGAAACCUCGAACCCGGAUCUGGCAUCUUCGGUAACCAUGAACGGAACCAUGAGAGAAAGAACGGCUGCCCUCAAGUUCAGGGCCAUCUUACGGAACUGCGACGCGUUCCCGCAUAUCAUAGGGGACAGGAGGUCAAGGAUCCUGGACUAUGCGGCGGCAGCGCUCCAGCAGGAUAGAGGUGAAUCCGGGAUUAUACAUGGGGAUUUCACCCCGAGAAAUAUCCUUGUCUGCACAUCGGCUUCUCAAACCCCGGCCCUUGGGUUCGUGGACUGGGAAACCUGCCACUAUGGCCCGCGCCUGCACGACCUGAGUCACCUCAUCGCCCACGUAUCUGUAGCAGGUCGGAUGAAUGGUGACGAUACCUGCAACGGGAUGAUCCGUGGCGUGAUCGAUGGGUACGGAUAUGAUUCCUUAAGCGAGGAUCUUGCCUUUCACGUGGCUGUUCUCGUUGGCAUUGGCUAUUUCAGCUGGGACUAUGUAUUGCAUGGGUCUGGCUAUACCCCAGAGCUGGCGGAGGAUAUGGUGCGAUUCGCUGCAGACCUGGUCAUCAACGGCCGUGAAAAGAAUCGAAGCUGGUUUGAGCGCACCGCUCUAGGCUUCAUGUUCGAUCACGUCCGCGUGGAGUAG